GUGGGAGUGGAAAGUAAUCCCGUCUAACCUUCCUCUUGGUUUCGUGAGAAGAACCAAGGUAAAAAAAGAAUGGCUCAUUGUCAAGCUGAAAAUGUCAUCAAGAACAUCAUCCGUGAAAUAGGGCAAGAAUGUGCAAUGAAUGGGCAAAAUGUGACAGAAACUCUGGUAGCAUUCAUGGUGAAAGCUGUUGUACUGGAUCCAAAAAAUGGAUUUAAUGUGGAUAAGACUCUAACAAAGGCUGAUGUACAGAAACUUAUUCAGCUUUGCGUCUAUAGACUUCUUGAUGUUAAAAAUCCAUCCUUGAACACAAUUAAGAUGCAAGUUUAUUUUGAUAUGAACUAUACAAAUCGAGUUGAGUUAAUUAAGGAACAGCAUCAUGUUCUAGACUCAAGGCUUGCUCCUGUAUCUAGAGAAAUUACCGAUAAUCGAGCGCGUACCCGAGAAGAAUUAGAAAGUGUUUAUCGAAAGAUUGUCAGCUAUGUGCUGCUUCGCUCUGGCCUUGGAUCUCCUACAGACAUUAAAGUCAUUAGAGAGGCAACUGCUGCCCUGCAGAGUGUAUUUCCUCAAACAGAGCUUGCAGCUUUCCUCUCUCUCAGUAAAAAAGAGAAAGAACAGCAAUUGAAAGAACUCACCAUGAUUGUCACAGGAAUUCGAUUGUUCAACAAGGACUGUGGGAAAGGUGGCGAAGGCAUUGACGACUUGCCAGCGAUUCUGAAUGAAGCUAUCCCAGCAGCCAGCCAUCAUAUAGACAUUGAACUGCAUGCUUCCCAACAGCUAGCCUACCGAUACACGGCCUUGAUUGAAAUGAUGCACCAGGAUAAAAACGCUGACAUAGAACUGAGGCAGACAGUGUUGAAAGAAGCGCUCUACAAUGUCAGACAACACGAAGCUUUCCUCUGCAUUAUACUGUCUGAUGUGAUCACAUGCGCACAAGAAGUUGAAAUGAUGCAAAAGGAAUUUGCAGCCGAGAUGGAACAGGUCAACAACAUUGUUAAGUCAAAAACGGCAGUGCCCACAUCUCUUGUUUAUCCUAUAUUUAUUGGACUUUCUAACCUUUGGACCAGUUUUCAAGAUGAAAUAUUGGUGCUCAGUUUCCUCAAUAAUUUGACCGUCAGUCUCCAGCAGUUCUUAGAAACCCACGCAUUAAUCUUUCCCGAAGAGUUGAUAGUGCCUCUUCUUGAAGGCCUUGUUAUCAAAAGUGAUGAAGAAAGGUUAUUAAAAAAUGCUGAUGACAAAGUAAAUCCUGCUGAUUUUGUCAAAGAAGAAUGGUUCUUUCCAGAAAGUACAAUUAAUUUUAGUCAACUGCUGCUUCAGUAUCAUGGUUUUUGUGCAUACACUUUUGCUGUUAAGGAUGGCCUUCUUAUCCCAGGAAAUCCUUCCAUUGGAGUCUUGAAACAUAAGGAGAGAUAUUAUUCUUUUAAUUCUAAGGAAGCUGCAUAUGCUUUUGCCAAGUGUCCAGAUAAAUAUAUUAAGAUGGUAGCAGAAAAAGCAAAGGAAUGUGCAGAGCUUAUUCAGCUGCUUGAGCUUCACCAUCAGUUUGAAUACUUGGCUCCUUAUUCUCAGUUUAGAACUAAAGACAAACAUUUACAGCAGCCAAUCUCAAAAUGUGACACCAGUACGCAGACUGAUACCCACAUUUUGCCACCAACAAUUGUGAAGAAUUAUGAGUGGAAUGAAUGGGAGUUGAGGAGAAAAGCCAUCAAACUGGCCAACUUGCGCCAAAAGCUAACUCAUUCAAUGCAAACUAACCUCAGCCAUAUGAGACGGGACAACUGCAGCCAAGUAUACUUGUUAAAGGAUUCUAGCUCACAAACUAAGCGAGAGAACAGUAGCAAUGUACCGAAGCCACAGAUUUUCCUAGCUGGUCUUCGUGGAGGAACACCCCCAACUACUCAUAUGACCAAAGUGAAUUUAACUAGAGCAGUUGAUGAAACAUAAUUUUGUUGUUUAACUGAGAAUAAAAUCAAUAAAU